AUGGCAAUGUUCAAGCCUUCGCAACCGAUGAUGGCGCGAUUGCGCCUGACCACCAAGCAGGUCAAUGGCGGUUACUACAAGGGAAACCGGACCGGAUCUAUGGGUUACUUCGCGAAGAAUGGCUCUUAUGUGAUCAAUUGGAAGAAAGUCCGCACAUAUGUCGUCCCUGAAAACCUGGCUGAUUUCAAGGUGCGUUGCUCAAGAUUAGCCACGAAAACCCGGCUCCUAGCAUCUGAUCUAACAUUCGCGAACCAGCUCACGCCAUUUGUGACGAAACGCAUGGCCCCGACAAAGGGCAAGUACACGAGAGAGAUUGAGAAGAACGGUAGAACGGUUAUCGUCGAGCGAGCGUUCGGUGCGAAAGACUAUCUUGACAUGUGGGCUUCGGAUAAUGGUCAAGAAGUGCUGGAACAGGAGCGACUCGAGCAAGAAUCAGCGGCAAGCGAGGCGGCUUCCCUGCAAGAACCAGCGGCGAGCGAGGCGGCCUCCCGUCAAUGA